AUGCUAAAAAGUGAAUCAAUCGACUUCCAUUCACACUUGCCUCCAUAUAGAUCGCUCUUGUCCCCUAAUGCCCGCUAUGAUUACAAAACGCAUUCGCUUAUCCCCAUUUCCGAAACUGAGCUUAAUGCAAUCCACAUCGGUAGGGGCAAUAGCGUGAAGGCAACAAGCAAGAUCAAGAUGAAGUACAAGUCUCUAUUGAGUGACGUUAGCCGGAAAACUUCUAUCUUGUCUAUGCGUAUUGGAAGUACCUCAACUAUCCCCAGAUCACUUCCUCCCUGUACUUUCUCGUCAUUACCAGUGGAGGUGAUUGACCGCAUAUUGCUGCUACUAGACUUUGACGAUCAUAAGUCUUGUAUGCUUGUCAACAAGCAGCUAUACCGCUUGACUAAGCCACAUCUUUAUCGGCGUAUCAGAUUUACAUCCCCUUAUCGGUUAGCUCAAUUUGUGACCUAUUUGAGAUAUAAUCCUCAAGUAGGUACUUACGUUCAGGGAAUAGACUUAUCGGGUCUCAAACCUGGAGUUGGUGACAGCAAUACCGAAGACGUGUUUGCAUUUUUUGAUCUCAGUGAUCAUGAAAUAACUGCUGCAGAAGUUCUUGCAGGUUGGAGAGACUGGAAAUUUCUCAAGAACCCACUCUAUUCUCUUCAUUCGCAUUCAAACCUCUGGAAGGUGUCAUCUAAUUCGGUUCUUCUGAAUUCGACCAAAACAGUUAACUCCCGAAGAACAUCUUCAUCUUCCUCCAGCAACCCCGGCAAAUUCCGCAAGCUUUCACACAGCUUGAAAUACUUCAAACCCAAGAAGAGCUCUGAGUCCAGCACGAGAAAGAGAAAAAUUCCUCCUGUGAGCGAAGUGUUGGAGUUAAAGGGUCAAGGUAGUCAUCGCCAACAGCAUCCCAGAAUUAACAAGUUUCUCCUAGAGUAUGCCACACUGCGAGACAUCCCCGUGGGGUAUAUUUUACACAUUGUUAACUUGUGUCCUAAUUUGAUAUCACUCAAUUUGGCCAACAUUUCAUUAUCGGCUGAUUAUGAGAUUACAUCGCCCAUGGUAUAUAAAUACCGCACAGUUGAUUUGAUGAGUAAUUAUCCCAAAGAUUUAUUGUCAAGGGUUAACGACUUGAUGACGAUGCCAGAAACCAUUCUCGCUAAGUUUGAUUCUGAAAGGCCAAGUGACCCUGAAUCAACAUUCUCACUCUUUUCCAGUGCGUCUGGCGCUGCAAACAUCGUGAAGGGUCCUAUGGACCUCGUAAGCCAUACAUUGACAUCGCCACCGAACAGGAAAUACAACAGCCUUCUUCCACCUUUGCCACAAAAUAUCUUUGAUGUGUCAUAUGUCAAGAGUGGAGACGGGAAAGUGUUUUUGAGCGACCUAAAUCUCAAAUCAAUCAACAGCAACUACCUAACUCGAAUUAAUGAGCAGGAGAUUCUACUGGCAAUAUCCUCCCGGUAUGCAACUAAUUGCCACAGAAAGAGUUGUCGCCAAUAUCUAAACAUAUCGUCCAUGGUAUGGCUUGAUCUCGCAAAGGUUCGAGGGUUCUUGAUUGCCCUUCUAGGAUCUGAAGUAGAAUUGCUCAAGUCAAGUUGUGAGGACUCAGAAAAUCAUAUACUGGGAUCUAAAAAGGAACGCUAUAAGCGGAAUUUAGUGAUUGAUUUAUCGAACUCUGGCAUGUAUAAGGUACUACACUGGGCAAAAGUAAUAGAUUUUUCUGAGCCUAGUGGAGUAAACCUUGCCAAGAAAAUUGUCAAGGGCGAGUCGCUUGAUAGUCUCGAGGAGUACAUUGAGAGAGAUAGGAUAAGGAGAGGUAGGAUAGCAGAGAACUACUUAGUAUGA